GGCACUUUUAAUCCACGUGAUUUCUCGGCAGCAGCGGCGGGUUCCAUGAACUGGCGAACAGCGCUAAGUGGCCACUUUCAGUUUCGCACCGAGCGCGGUGGAGCAGGAGUCGAGUCGCACCUGCACUAUGGAAAUAAGAUACAAACUGAAGGGCUUAAGACAAGACCCAGACACUACAUAAAGCCUCUGCGUGGGAACACUGGAACAUCUAUCAUGAUCCAAGAAGCCAGGGCCAACUUCUGAUGGACCCUGAGAGCCUCCAUCUGGACACUGAGAACCUGUGGACCAGGCUUGUGAGUCUGCUGAGUAAAAACUCAGAAUGGCUGAGUGCCAAGGUUAGGUUCUACCUCCCUACUGUGGACCUGGACUGCAGCAAGGCCCUUGACCCUGAGAGCAUUCAUGUUCUGCUCAGGAGGCUGUACACCCAGAACCUGGCCACCUGGGAGUCUUUCAUCCAUAGUCUGUGCAUGGAGCUUGAUGUACCUCUAGAGCUGGAGGUACCACUGCGGAGCAUCUGGGGCCCAAAAGAUGAAUUCUCUAAUCAGUUAGGAGCUGGUGAGGACAGUCAUCCUGAACCUCCGCUUCACCAUGGUGUCAAGCGCCCUUUUCAGAGCUGUGGGUCCUCGCCCCGCCGGAAGCACUGCAGGAAGCAGCAGCUAGAGCUGGCUGAGAAGUAUCUGAAGCUCCUGAAGAUCUCUGCCCAGCAGUACUAUGGCAGUGAAUGCCCAGGAGCAAGGCCUACACAUGCCUCUCCACAGGUGUACAUCCCCCCAAUUCUACAGGGGAGCCGGGCUCCAGCACCCUUGGACGUUCAGGAGGGAGCCACUAAAGGAGACCCCGAGGCCACCGACGACACUGAUGUGAGCAUCCAGGAUCUCUUCCAUUUCAAGGCCCCCAAGGGACCUCGAGUGACAGUCCUGCUGGGAAAGGCUGGAAUGGGCAAGACCACGCUGGCACGACGGCUCUGCUGGAGGUGGGCUGCCGGUCAGCUGGACUGCUUCCGGGCUCUGUUCCUUUUUGAGUUCCGCCGGCUCAACACGAUCACACAUUCGCUGACACUGCCCCAGCUCCUUUUUGAUCUGUACCUGAGCCCCGAGUCAGACCCCGAUGCUGUUUUUCAGUACCUGGAGGAGAAUGCCCAUCAAGUCCUGCUGAUCUUUGAUGGGCUGGAUGAGGCCCUCCAUGCUAAUGCUAGUUCCACGGGUGCUGACAAUGCAGGCUCGGCCCUCGCCCUCUUCUCUGACCUCUGCAGUGGGACCCUCCUGCCAGGCUGCUGGGUGAUGACCACCUCUCGUCCAGGGAAACUGCCUGCCUGUGUGCCCACAGAGGCCACCAUGGUGUACAUGUGGGGCUUCGAUGGGCAGCGGGUAGAGAAGUAUGUCAGCCACUUCUUCAGUGACCUGCUGUUACAGGAGUUGGCCCUGGCAGAAAUGAGAACCAAUGAGCGCCUCCGGGGAAUGUGUGCAGUACCUGCCCUGUGCAGGGUCGCCUGCCUCUGCCUCAGCCGUCUGCUUCCUGGAAGCCCUCCAGGGCAGUCUACGGCCCUCCUGCCCACCGUAACCCAGCUGUUCCUGCAGAUGGUGGAAACGUUUAGCCCCCAUGGGACUCUGCCUGCCACAUCCUUGUUGGGCCUUGGAAAGUUGGCCCUUAGUAGACUGGACAUUGGGAAGGUCAUUUUCUCUAUGGAAAAAGACAUUCCUCCUCCCGUGAUGGCUUUUGGAGCUGCCCACAGCCUCCUGACCUCCUUCUUUAUUCAUACCAGUCUUGAGCACCAAGAAAUAGGCUAUGCCUUUGCCCACCUUAGCCUGCAAGAGUUCUUUGCCGCUCUGUAUCUGAUGGCCAGUAACACGGUAGACAAGGAAACGCUCACCUACCACGUCACACUCAAUUCCCACUGGGUGCUGCGGACCAAAGCUAGGCUGGGCCUCUCCGACCACCUCCCUACCUUCCUGGCAGGCCUGGCAUCCCACAACUGUCGUGCAUUCCUUUGCCAACUGGCUCAACAAGAGGAAGCCUGGGUGAGCUCCAGGCAGGCUGCUGUUGUUCAGGUGCUGAGGAAGCUGGCUAGCCGAAAGCUGACCGGGCCAAAGAUGCUAGAAUUGUAUCACUGUGUGGCUGAAACCCAGGAGCUGGAGCUGGCACAGUUCACUGCCCAAAACCUCCCCGUCCAGCUCUCCUUCCACAAUCUCCCACUGACCCGUGCAGACCUGGCUGCACUGGCCAGUAUUUUGGAGCACAGGGUUGCCCCCAUUCACCUGGAUUUUGAUGGCUGCCCUCUGGAGCCCCAUUGUCCAGAGGCUCUGGUAGGAUGUGGGCAAGUUGAGAAUCUCAGUUUUAAAAGCAGAAAGUGUGGGGACGCCUUUGCAGAAGCCCUGGGCAGGAGCUUGCCUACUAUGGGGAACCUGAAGAUGCUAGGGUUAACAGGAAGUAAGAUCACAGCCCAAGGCAUCAGGCACCUGGUACAGGCUUUGCCCCUCUGUUUCCAGCUGGAGGAGGUCAGUUUGCUCGACAACCAGCUGAAGGACCCAGAGGUGCUGAGCCUUGUGCAGCUGCUCCCUUGCCUGCCAAAGCUCCAGAAACUUGACCUGAGCAGAAACAGCAUCUCCGUGUCAGCGCUGCUGUCCGCGGUGAAGGUGGCCAUCACGUGUCCUCCUGUCAGAAAGCUGCAGGUCAGGGAGUCCGACUUCAUCUUCCUUCUGUCCCCGAAAACAGAGACAGCUGUGCAGCAAUCAGAAGCCUCAAACCUACAGGACAAAGACAACCUGAAGAAAGAAAGGCAGAGCCGAAGCCUGGAACUCAGGCUUCAGAGAUGUCAGCUCAGGGUCCAUGAUGCAGAAACCCUUGUGGAGCUACUCCGGAAAGGCCCCUGCCUGGAGGAAGUGGAUCUUUCAGGGAACCAUCUGGAAGACGAAGGCUGUCGACUUGUGGCAGAGGCUGCUUCCCAGCUGCGAAUUGCCCAGAAACUGGACCUCAGUGACAAUGGCCUCUCUAAGACCGGGGUGACCUAUGUGUUGAGAGCCACGAGAACAUGUGGGACCCUGAAGGAGAUGCAUAUCAGCCUGCUGAGCAACACCGUGGUACUCACAUUUGCCCGGGAGCCAAGGGAGCAAGAGGGGAGCUGCAAGACGGGAGCACCGCUUACCAGUUUUGCAUCUCCUGCGACCUCUGAGAUGUCCUGGAGCUCUCGAAGAAUCAGGCUGACACACUGUGGCUUCCUGGCUAAGCACAUAGAGAGGCUCUGUGGGGCGCUGAGAGCCAACUGCGAGCUCCACCGCGUGGAUCAUCUUGACCUAUCAGACAACUUUCUGAGGGAUGAAGGGGUGGCCCUACUAGCCCAGCUGCUCCCAGGACUAGGUCCCCUGCAGUCCUUGAACCUUAACAGGAACGGUGUGUCCCUGGAUGCUGUGUUUGGCUUGAUCGCAUGCAUGUCUUCCGGGCAGUGGGUGUUCCACCUAGAUGUCAGCCUUGAGAGUGACCACGUCCUCCUUCGAGGGGCUGGAACUGGCAGGGAUGCACUAGCUGGCAGAUGUGAACAAGAGCUCCCAGCUGGAGCCCCGUUACUGGCAGGCAGGCAGCACUACACCUCCAGGAGCUUCAGUCUUCAGGGGUGUCAACUGGAACCCCGGAGUCUUGCCUGCCUCUGUGCCGCUCUGGAGAAGUGCCCAGGGCCUCUGGAAGUCCACUUGUCCUGCAAGACCCUGUGUGACGAGAGCCUGAAGACCCUGCUGCAGUGUCUGCCCCGGCUGCCCCAGCUCAGCCUGCUGCAGCUGAACCACACAGUCCUAUCUUCAAAAAGCCCCUUCCUGCUGGCUGACAUCUUCAACCUGUGCCCACGGGUCCAGAAGGUCACUCUCAGGUCCCUAUGCGAUGCUGCCCUGCACUUUGGCUCCAAGGAAGAGCAAGAGGGUGUGUGCUUUGGCUUUUCAGGAUGCCGCCUCAGCCAGGAGCAGGUGGAGUCACUGUGUUGUUCACUGAGCAGCUGCAAAGGCCUCAUCCAGCUUGACCUCACAGACAACCUGCUGGGUGACGGUGGGCUCAGGUGCCUUCUGAAAUGCCUGCCACAGUUACCCAUCUCUGGGUGGCUUAACCUCAGCCACAAUGGCAUCUCUCAGGAAGGGGUCCUGUGCCUGCUGGAGACCUUGCCUUCCUGCCCUCGUGUCUGUGAGGUCUCUGUGAGUCUGGGCUCUGAGCAGGACUUCCGGAUACGCUUGUCCAAAGAGAAAGAAGCUGGGACAAUACUGAGGCUAUGUGAGUGCAGCUUCAGUCCAGAACACAUAUCCAGACUGGCUCCCAGCCUGAGCCAGGCCCAACAGCUGACAGAGCUCUGGCUGACCAGGUGCCACUUGGACCUGCCACAGUUGACCAACCUCCUGAGUCUGGUGAAUCGACCAGCAGGGUUGCUGGGCCUCAGGUUGGAAGAGCCCUGGGUGGGCCACAUCAGCUUGCCAGCUGUGAUGGAAGUCUGUGCCCAGGCCUCAGGAUGUCUCUCUGAGUUAAGCCUCUCCGAGACCCAGCACCAGCUGUGGCUCUGGCUGAAAUUUCCUCACCAGGAAGACAAUUCCGAGGCCAUGGCAAACAGGUUGGCUCACUGUGACCUGGGAACUGACCACAGUCUUCUUACGAGACGGUUGAUGGAGACAUGUGCCAGACUGCAACUGCUCAGCUUGUCUCAGGUUAACUUCAGUGACGAUGACACCACCAGGUCCAGGCUGCUGCAGAACCUCCUGCAGUCUAGCUGUGAACUCAAAACCUUCCGACUGACCUCCAGUUGUGUAAGCACAGAGAGCCUGGUCCACCUGGCAUCUGGUCUGGGAUACUGCCACCAUCUGGAAGAGCUGGAUUUCUCUAAUAACCAUCUCUGUGAGGAGAACAUAGAGCUACUGAUGGGAGCCCUUCAGGGGACCUGCAGGCUAAAGAGGCUGCACCUCAGUCACGUUCCACUGGAAGUCUCCUCCCUGGCCUUGCUCAUUCAAGGACUAAGUCACAUGACCCUACUGCAGCACCUUAGCUUGAGACACGACCAGAUUGGAGACGUGGGUACCCAGAACUUGGCGGCCAUCUUGCCAAGGCUUCCAGGGCUCAGGAAGUUAGACCUCUCGGGGAACAGCAUCGGCCCAGAAGGGGGAGUGCCGUUGGCAAAGUCUCUGAUCCAUUGCAGGUGCUUGAAGGAGAUCAUUCUGGGCAACAAUGCUCUGGGGGACCCCACGGCCCUGGGACUGGCUCAGAGAUUGCCCCCACAAUUGAGGGUCCUGUGUCUGCCGUCCAGCCAUCUGGGUCCUGAGGGGGCCCUGCGCCUGGCCCAGGCCCUGGAGCAAUGUCUACACAUAGAAAAGUUCAGCUUGGCAGAGAAUAACCUAGCUGGACGUGUCCCACAUUUCCGCAAGAGUCUCCCACUGCUCAGACAAAUUGACCUCAUUUCCUGCAAAAUUGAUGACAAAGUUGCCAAGCACCUUGCUGCCAGCCUCAUGCUCUGCCCAGCUCUGGAAGAAAUCUUGCUGUCCUGGAACCUUCUGGGUGAUGAGGUGGCUGCUGAGUUGGCCCAGGUCCUGCCACAGAUGGGGCAGCUGAAGAAAGUGGACUUGGAGAAGAACCAAAUCACAGCAUGCGGAGCCCAACUCCUGGCUCAGGGACUGGUCCAGGGCUCCCGUGUGCCAAUCAUUCGCCUCUGGAACAACCCCAUUCCUGCCGAGGUGGCUCAGCGUCUACAGAGCCUGGAACCCAGGUUGGACUUUGCCUUCUUUGACCAGCAGUCCCAGGCUCUUUGAGGAAUUGAUGGAUCUCUCAAGACUCUUGGGACCAGCUCAGUGACAACCACAUCACCCACCAGGAAAAGGGGCUCAGGAGAAGAGCGUCCUAUGAAUGCCCCAGCGGGGAAAGAGUACGUUUGUUUUAUCACGAUCCUUAGGGAGAACUUUCUUGGGAACUGAGAGCUUUGACUAAAAGAGGACCAUACAUCAUACAUGACAUGUGUUACCAGUGGGACACUGGCACACUGAGAGUACUAUGAUGUCAUAUAUGACAGGGAAGGCUAUGUAUGGUGCACUGUGACCAAGACAUGGAAGGUCAUACUCAAGACAGAGUAGGUCAUCUAUGUGACAUUACAUGGAACUUAUAGUGAGUGUGGUAUCUGGUCAGUGGCUCUUAGUACCGUGAAUGGUGGUACAUGUGAUCAGGAAUCCGCCUAUGACAUGCUGUCUAUAUCACAUAACACUCAGCUUGCCAGGGGACCACAGGCAAGUCCAAGACCUAAUUUAUUACUAUUUAAAAAAUAUAAAACGAGGUGAAUAGUCUAGGCUUCAUAGCUGUUUAGGAAUCUGAGGCAGAGGGAUUGCAAAUUUAAUAAACUCCUGU